AUGCCCAACCCUAUUCUGCACCCUACAGAACAUUUGUUGGAUACAUGCAUGCAGUUUCAAUAUGUAAGAGUGUGGGAAAACAGUGAUAGAUUUAGUACAAGGUAUUUUUCAAAAGGGUAGCUCCUUUCUAUGAGCCAGGGCAAAAAGAAAUUACAAAUAAAUUACAAAUACUGAAUCAUUGUUCCAAAGACUUUCAAUGCAGGAUUGUAGCUAAUUUAGGCUGAAUAUUAGACAGUGGUACUACAUCUUAAGGAGGAACAGUAAAUUCCUUUUAGCUUGUGUUUUGCUUUCCCCCAGUGUGAAUGAAGAGGUGUUCCCAUAGCAAUUUACCCAUCAUAACCUUAAAAUUUAUAGUAUUCGCUGGAGCACUAUCACAUGGCUUGGCUUGAUUUCCACCAGGGGGGGGGCACUGGCAUAUAUGGCUAUAUAGGUAUGUGCCGCUGUGAAGGGUAUGGUUUUCAAGCAGUUUACUCUAGGAUAGGGUAUAUAAAUCAGAGCGUUUGGGUCUAGAAUAGGGUAUUAUUUUUCAGGAAACUAAUCAGUUGGUUGAAGAUGUUAUCUAGACUAGGGAAACAGCUACUCUAGGAUAGGGGGGAUUUGGGAGUUUACUCUAGUAUAGGGUAGCAAAAUUCAGCUGAACUAGCCCUGGUAUAGGUUAAGGGUUCCAGGGUCCCAGCGGCACAUCCCCACCCAGAAAUUCCUAAAGUACCCCCCCUCCGGAGAUUUCCAUGCUCUAAAUGUUGUCACACACUUACAUUGGGGAAACAGAGGGCCAGUUAUUUAAAUGUAGUUUAGCCAGUGUUUAAGAAAACCACGUUCUAAGCCAUUUUCAAUUUGCUCAACCGUUUUAUCUAAACCAUUUAUUGUGAUAGUUUUAUGAAAGCAUUAUAGAGUAGACUAGAAAAGCAUUUAUCUUCUUAAAAUAAGCCACUACAGGAAGAGAUCUGGAGGUCCAAAGAUUUGUUAAACCGCGGCUUAGGUUAGACUUCGUUUAAAUAACCGACCCAUAGUGUCUGUGGUAACAACCACAAGCUAGUAAAGGUCUUUACUAUAUUACUUCUCUUCUCAUAACUGUCCUUAACAAAAACAAUUUCUUUGCCAUUGCAUCAUGCACUGUAUAUAUUUUAUUAGCUUUAUAGCCACUGCACUGCUUUCAUCCCAUUCUCCCCUGAAUUGUGCAAUUUCCCAUGUGGAUCAAUGCCCUUGUCAAAGACAACUUUGUCAUCUAACUUGUGCAAAGGGAAGAGUGAGCACAAGUAUUUAGUACGGGGGGCCAGAGGAAAAUAAAAAAAAAACAUGUACCAUUGAUUUGAAAAUUGCAAUAAUAAAUAUGUUCCAGUUAACCAAUCACUUCCUUCUAUCCUACUAUUCAAAAAGCUAUAUUUCCCCACCCAAAUGAAGCCAGUAACAGUGCUCAUUGAAAGAAAAAAAGGGUAGCAAUAAAAGUGAAAAAAGGAGGGAGGAGGGAAAGCGAAAUUUGUGACUGCAGCCGUCGUCACUUUAAAAUGAAGAAACUAUCUCACGCUUUGUAUGCAUGCCCCAACUUUUGAAAAUAAUAUUUUAAAUUUGCAUCUGUAACUGAACACUGCGAAGUACACAGCCUUUAAACAGUCUUUUCGUAAGUUUUAGCUCUUAAUAUUAUAAGCCAGACAGUGGCUACAAAACGAAGCCACUAGCUCCAAAACAAGUUUUUCAGCAAAAUUCCCAGGAGGGGAAUGGGAUAAAAAACAAAACAAAAACAACAACGAGCUGAACUAAAAGGAUAAUUGUUACAAAGGGGACUUAGGAAUGAAAAGAGGUUUAUCAGACUGCUUUGAAGGGGCUGGUCUCACUUGUCCGUUUUCAUCAGCCAGCUCUAGGAACUCCUGCACCUGGAGCUAACUGAUGCCUGGCCUUUCCAAAGCUUCCAGCAAGGCCCGUCCCUUUGCCCUUCUUUCACCUGUCACCAUCUGUGCCUUCUUCAGGAAUAGCCACCUUCUGCAAAUAAGACCUGACUUGUUAUCUUCAUUGUCAGAAUUGAGAGGUGGGAUAACAGCUUUCCUUUAGUUAAGGUACAAGGGAGAUUUCUGAUCUUUUUUUGAGAUAUCCUCCUUGUUCCUAAUGUCAGUGGGGGAACAAGCCCUGAUAGGUUUCUUCACUUCCUCAUCUCUCUUUACCUAUGAAAGAUUGCAAGAAAAAGGUAUGAUGGAGAAAACAAAAUUAAAUAAGGUGGCUUGACUGGAUUUUUUAGGGGGGAUACCUUCCAAGUUUAAGCAUUAACUACAUCAGCGUGAGUAAAGAUAUGGGAAAAAGGCUACCACAACAUUACUGUAUUAUACAGGGCUUCUGAUUUUUCGCGCGGCCGCGGAGCCGCGAAAUUCAGGUAAAUCCGCGAAAUCCUGCGAAAUUUGGUAAAAAUCUUAUCAAAUAGAUGCCUGUACAACAUAUCUGAAACUCAUUUCAGCUGUUAAGACUAUUCACUUGCUGUAAACUUGCAAAUUUAUCUUGAAACUUCGUCACUGAAACGUGCAAACAACGUCCCGAAACUACCAGGAGUCGAUUAUGUUGCGAAAAACUGGGCACUAGCCAUGAUGUUAAAGGCUUUGCCAUUGGUUCAUUUCGUGAGCGUAUUGUUGUUGAAAGAGAAAAUGAUGAUCUGAUCAGCGCAAAACCGAUCGAUCUCCAGCGAAAUUUGCCUUGAAAAUAACCACAAAAUCGGCCGUUUUUUACCGAUUGCUUCUUGGCGAAGUUUACCCUGAAAUUUCCCGCGAAAUUCCCGCGAAAUUGGCCGAUUUUUCCGCGAAUUUGUCCCUAAAAAUCCCGCGGAAUUUGACUUUUUUCUCCACGACCUAUCAGAAGCCCUGAUUAUAUAAACAUGAAAAUUUCUUAUUAUCUAGGUUUUAUUGCAAAUGCAGUCACCAUGGCAACCUAAUGAAACCAAUAUGUUUUUUAUUUAUUUUUGUGUUUCUCUGUACCAGGAGUGUUUUUUAGAAAUGGCUUAAGGGAGUAUGUACCUGCCAUAAUUGCUUCAAUUAUUGCAAAGUUUGAACAAAUUCUGUGAGAGCAUUUUGGAAAUAUUUUGAAACAAGUUUUUAGAAUCAUAAAAACAGUGAAAUAGCAUGUCAUAUAUCCACACAAUUAGCUAAUAGGUUCAGAAAAUGUUACGCUUUCGAAGCAUGGUUUCAUCUCAUAAUGAUUUGAUUCCAUUGAAAACUGUGUACAAAAAAAAAAGGGCAAUUGCUCUGGGCGAUCGCGAGUGAGAAGAAUUUUAUUAACCUGGAUUCAGCUGCUUUUGUUACAGUUUUUGCACAUAAUUUGGUCCAGGGGGAGGGUGCAGGGGGUGCGCACCCCCCCCACCUGAGAUGACCUGCGGUUUUCUCAUACAACUGGUAUUCUGCACAAAAAAAAACUAUGUGGUUUAUUGGUGUUGAAGUAGAGCAAGAGGCGAGUGCACCCCCUCCUAAAAAAUAUCCUGGAUCCGCCCCCGUGCCUACAAUAAAUUAAUAAACCCUGUUAAUAAACCCUGCAAGUUUCAAGAACAUUGAAAACAGUGAAGGCUUUUAAAAAGGGCCUCCAAUAUAACCAGGGUUGUCAGAAAGUUUUGAAGUAGACGACUGAGUUGUCAAAGUAAGCAGCCAGUCCAGGGAUAUUUUAUUUAAAAAACGUCAUCUGCAAAGAAAUGCCAAUCAGACUAGCCGGCCGAUACUAACCAAGUAGGCGGCACUUUUCACCGGCAGCCGGCUACUUUUGACAACCAUGUAUAACCAAAUUUUCCCUUAGUGAGUGUCCUCAUUAUUCAGUGGCGUUGUUUUCAAGUUUCAUAUAUAUCCACAUGUACAAUUAGCAAAAGAAAUAAAUUUACAUUUAAAAGAACUCUAAAUUACUUUCCAAAGAAAUAUCCGGAAAAUGCUAAUAAUUGCCUUGUGUCAUGGAUAGCAGUGAGAAUCGAAACGGUGAACAUCACGGUUCAUCAUGUAGGAUGUAAUACAACUAACUACAUGUACAAGAGAACUACUGGAGAACUGACAAUUUUUUUUAACUGUGACAAUAGACGGAUCGAAAUGCAACAAUUACUGAUUACGAGUCUUCAUAGCGAAUAACAUCACGGCUUAACUGACAGACGACCAAUAACAUUGCAACGUAAUUUACCAAUCAGAUCAAUAACCAGAGUAUAAUACCAUCAACUGACGUGAUACACCUCACUUUGACUCUGAAGAUGACUACCGCACAGGUUGUCGAAACGUCAGUCACUGACUGUCAUCAACAACAGUCCUAUUCAGGACUAUGAUCACCCGGACGAUCAAACUCAACCUACUUUUGAAAUGACUCCUGGGUUCAAACCUUUCACAAAUAAUUAUCUUACUUGGGUUAAAACAUCACAGCAACUUUUAGAAAGAGUUGCUGUGUUUUUCUUAAAAGAUUAGCUAGUUGUGUGGAUAGCAUGCUAUUUCAUUGCUUUUAUGAUUCUUAAAACUUUGUUUGAAAAUACACUGUAUUUCCAAAAUGCCUUAAUUGAGGCAAUUAUGGCAGGUACAUAAUCUCUUAAGCGUUUUCUUAAAAACACUCCUGGUACAGAGAAACACAAAGAUAAAUAAAAAAUUGUAAUGGUGUCAUUACAUUGCCAUGGUGACCGUGACUCCGAUAAUUGCAAUAAAACCCAGAUUAUAAGAAAUUUUCAUCUUUAUAUAAUACAGUUGGGGUAACCUUUUUCCCCUGGAUAUCUUUACUCAUGCUGACAUAGUUAACCCUUUAAGUCCCAAUAGUGACCACCAACAAUUUUCUCCUAAUGAUAUCCAUACAUUGUCAUGAGAUUAGGUUAUGAGAAUUGAUAAAAUGAUCACCAAAGAGAAAAUACCUUGAUCUUUUAUCAAAUUCUCUCAACUCAUUCUUUAAGGAAAUAUAUAGAGAUCAGUUUGGACAAUUAGUAUGUGGAUAUUGGGACUUGAGGGGUUAAUGCUCAAACUUGGGGGGUAUCCCCCCUAAAUCCAGUCAAGCCACCUUAAUUUUGGCUCUGUUCAACAAACUCUUAAAAUAAAAUUUUUAACAAUUCCAAAGUCAACAGUUACAUGUAUUACAGUACCUCACUGUAACUAUUAAUUUUUCUCUCUCUCUUUUUCUCUUGAGGGCAUGACAAGUCAUAAGAGGCCCAGUAGAGGUCAAAUAUCUGACAUAAAGAGGACAUAGCUUGAUCAUCUUGUUUUGGCUUGAAUGUGUUUUCAAAAAUAACAUAGAAGAAUUCCUCACAUCAGAUGUUGCCAGAGCGUUUCUUUUUCUAUCUGCUUUUACUCACUGCCAUAAGAGUUUCUGAGUUGCAAAACACACCCUAAUACGAGACUCAGUUUGAUUGGAGGGGAAGGAGAUAUUCUGCAGAUUAAUUUUGUUGGAAAAAAGUUUUGCAAGAAAAUCUCUCUCUGAUCAUGAGCAAAAAAUAUAGUAUCAAGGUCAUUUCAUGCCAACAUAAUUACUGAAAUUUGUUUAACACCUUCUGGUAGUUUAUUAUUCAAAAUCACGACAAACUUGCAGAAACUAUAUUCUAUACCUGAUGCUAUAUGUGGUGUAUGUGCUAUAGUAGCUGAAAUGCAUUCUUGUCUUAAAUCAGAGCUUUCUUUAGCCUAAUUUUUCUGUGCUGGAGACUUUCAUUCUAUUCCUCUAAACUACAAUGAACAAGUUAUUACUAGUGUUAUUGUAAUAAUGAACUUCUAAGAGUAUCCUUUCACUAAAAUCUGUUAUAUUUGAUUGCUGCAUUGUCAAAUAGAAGUCCAUGACAGAAAAUAGCAUUGUGUACAUAUUUUAUGUUGCAGAUUGGGUUCUCCCCACUUUGUUCAGGUAUAGCAGAUAACAAAAAGUAAAUACUUUAUGGAAAAUGUAAUAAGUUUGAGGGCAUUUAAAAAAGAUCAUUACUUUCGAUUCAACAUAUUUUGCUUUUUUUUGAUUGCUUGCCCAUGGGAAAAUUUAACCUGAGAUCAGGUCCAAUUUUAGCGGUUCUCAGAGCAUGAUCUCAGGUUAGGGAAAAUUGGAAUUUUAGGUGACAUCUUUACUGCCUCUAAAAAUAUUACAUGGCCAUGGUUAUAUUUCCACUCGAGGGGUGUAUUUUGCAGUGUGCAGGUCAGAAUUUAGAAAAAAAUGUCCUGAAUGGUUUACAGAUCUUCCCAUACUCUUAAAAAAGAACAUUACAAUGAUGUUUUGGUGAUAUCAUAUUCUUCACAGGGUCACGCAAAACUGGAAAUAUCAGAUCUCAUUUCUAUAAAUUGAUUCUUUAGUCCCAGGUCUUUCAAGGCAAGAAGGAAGGUUUUAAAAUUGUCAGAUCAGCUGAUCUCAUCACUCCUGCCAAAGCUAGCAUAUAUAGUUAAAGAAAAGACCGGUUCCUUGUCGCUAUCAUUGUCUGCCGUACCUACGAUAGAAAAGGAAAUUACACAGCCAAGGUGACCCAAUUUAUAAGUGCACUCGACUAAACGCACAAUAAAGUUUCAUCUAAGUUUAAAAGCAAAAACAAAUUUCACUGAAAUCCAUGUUGGAUGGACGUUGUGGAUAGCCAGCACCAUUCGUUAUUCUUUUUUUUUUAAAGUGUAAAGCGACAAGCCAAAACAAAAAUAUAUGAUCUCGAAUUCCAACUGAGCUUGAGAAAUUCUGAUUUGUAGUGCAGUGUGGUACUAUGGCCAGACUUGAAUUUAAAACUUACCUCUUUGUAUAAAGAGGGAAUCGCAAAAUCUAACUCCCUCCAAACAAUUAUUUAAAACCUUCCUUCUUGCCUUGAAAGGUCUGGAACUAAAGGAUCAAUUUACAGAACUGAGAUUUGAAAUUUCCAGUUUUGAAUGAUCCUGUCAAAAAAAUAAUAUCAACAAAACAUCAGGAGCAUAGCUAGGAAUUUUCAAAGGGGGGAUCACACCGUGUGACACCCAGGGUACUUUUGCAUGUAGUUUGGGGUGUGGAUUAUUUAUGGUGAGUGUUUUGGAUGUCUAAAAGUAAGUUGGGCGUAUUUCUACCAAUGAUAAUAAGACUGUUGUUGACGGUAACUGAUCAGUGGAAUAGCCAGAGGAGUGUUCGAGGGGUUCCGGAACCCCCCUUAGGCUGCAGCACUAGAUAUAAUUUUAAGAGGAAUGAGAUUUUAGCUUUUAAAGAAAAUGAGAAGAAAAAAUAAAAAGCAUCACAUUCUAUUUCAAGGGUUACAUAUGUUGAGGUUUAAUCAGUCUUUGCAGUAGUCUUUUUUACUUUAAUUCUAUUACUGUGAGGAAGAUCAAACGUGGCCCCUGUGUAUACAAGCCUGCAAUGUGUGAUUCAGCACCUUUGUUGGUCUCGAUUGCUUUCAGUUGCAUGUUGUAAUGGUUUGAGUAUGAGACAGCUUAAUAGAAACUCGGUAGAGGCAUAAAAGUGAAAAGGUAGAAUGAAAUCAGCCUUGAUGUUUGCAAAUCAGUCUGAGGAAAUUGUCUGAAACUGGGGCACAAACACUAACAGAACAGCAAACUGCCUAAAACGUAUAGUAUUCAGGAAUUCAUCAUAUGCCAUCCAGGUUACCACGAUGCAGUGCCUUUUCCUUACAUAAAAGCUACUCAGUAUCAGGCUCCAAAAGCGAGACACUGAUGUCUAUUAGGAUAUCAUCAGCUCUAAUUUUCAUGUGGCGGCUUUUUUGUUGGCAGUGCAAGUGUUUCAAAGUGGAAAAAGACCUUUCUGGUACUACUGCGUAUUUCAAGUACUACAUUACUUAGCCUGCGUAGCGGGCGCCUGGAAGUAGUGACCCAAGAAAGAAUGGGUGCGCGAGAAGGAGACACACGAAGGGUCUUCCUCUCCCCUCGCGUGUCUCCCUCUUGUGCGCCCGUCCUUUCUUGCGUCCACUACUUCCAAGCACCUGCUACGCAGGCCAUUCAUUAUAACAAAUUACAUCAGCAGAAUGUGAGCGACGGCUUAGCCCAUUGCACAGACUUAAAAGGCAAUUGGCGACGACCAUGACUGAAUCGAGAGUCUGCUACUCUUACUAUGAUUGUUGUGAAAUCGUAUAUUGCGUUACGCUCGUUUGUAUUUUUGUUUAAUUCGUUAAUUUUUUACCAGUUUGACAUAUAUCAUUAUUAUCACAGUUGUCUAGCCCCGGAGUUUUUUUACCAGAUCUAAUCGGAGAGUACAAGGAGUUUUUUACGGAGUUAUUUCACUCAGUUUUUUCCUAUUUUGUUGUUCCUUUCUUUAAUACGCUUGGAGGAACUAUAACGUAAGUUCUUUUCCAUUUUUGUCUUUCAUUUUAGGUUUGUUUUACGCUCGAUUUCCUUUUAAUUUUAGUUAUAUUUUCUUGCGUAACGCGUGUCUAUGUAUGUUUUUAGUUCUCACCAUAUGCUUCAUUGAUACUGCAAUAAACGAACUUUAAUCGAGUACGGAGCGUGUGGUUGAUCACAGCGAACUCCACCCGUGGGAACGCGACAGUGAGAAGUUUUAGUGAGAAGCUUAUUUCGACCUAUUCUACUGGAGUUCUAAGAAUCGCAUCAAGCAAGCAACUUGGUUAUGCAAUAGCACAUGGCGCACCGCCCCCAAGAUCAGUAUUCGUAUAUUUUCGCCGAUAUAUGUUAACAUGGCACAAAGGAGCGGGAGUUUAACAAUAGGAAACAAUUCGGAAAAUCCCUUGGAGCCACUUUUAAGCGAAAAAUGGAUUCUGCUUCGCAAAGUUCUCGGAAACAUUCGCGAACGCGUUCGACCCUCUCGUCUCGCGCGUCUACCUCGUCUAGCGCGGCACGAAGGAAAGCCUUGGCCGAAGCCGCUGCAGCGAGACAAGAAGCGGAAUAUGACCGAUUACUGGCCGAGAAAGAAAGGGAGAGAAUUGAAAUGGAAGCCGAAGAAGAGAGAAAACGUCAGUCUCAGAGGGCAAGAUUCGAGUGCGACAAAGCUGUGUUAACAGCAAAUAAGAAGCUGGCAAUCGCCGAGGCCAAACUAAAAGCUAUUGAGCAGUCUAUCGAGGAGGAAGACGAGAAAGCCACUAUGGUUACUAUCCCAGGUUUGGACAACUCUAUCGACACACAAGAGAUAACGCGAGCCUGGAUUAAUGCACAAGGGACUAUGGAGACACUGGAUCGCACAGGGUACCCAAGCCCCCAACACGACUCGGGAAAGGUAUCACACACUAAGCUCAUUCAAAGCGAACUAACGAAUGCUCGCUCAUGCGCAAAAGAAGAGCCCUUACCCAGCACAAAUGCUACCAGCUUUGAAAAGUCGCCGCCAGGGAAAAGUGUUACAGUAAGCACGCCCCUUUUUGGCCUCCGAGGAACAAAUCCCUUCGCGUCGACUCCCACAGAUGAUCUCACGACAGUAAAUCAAAGGCUAGUUGCAACGUUAGCGCGACAGAACCUUCCUAAGUGCCACCCGGAGAUAUUCACAGGAGACGUGACACUCUUCCACCCAUGGAAAAGUGCUUUUCGUGCCAUGAUAGAAGAUGCAAACGUGUCACCGGAUCAGGAGAUCAACUACUUAAGAAGCUAUACAAAAGGAGAUGCACAAAAAGUAGUUAAUAACUACCGUCAGAGACAAUAUAGGAAUCCUGCCGACGCCUUGCGCGACGUGUGGAAGGAGCUGGAGAGACGCUUCGGGAAUACCGCCGCCAUCACGAACGUUCUCUUAGUGCGACUUCAGACAGCGGCCAAAUUUGGAGAAGAAGACAGCGACAAACUUCAGGCUUUCGCUGACGUAUGUGCUGACGUGGACAGCCAAUUGGAUUUUCUUCCAGGACUCGGGUGCCUGAACUACUUAACCGCGAUAGGCCCUAUUGUCGAGAACUUACCCCGUUCUCUUCGUUCGAAAUGGGAGAAGCGUGUAGUCCAGUAUGCAGAGAAAUACGACGAUGCCUACCCUAGCUUCAAAGACUUUGCCGCAAUGGUCCAAGAGCAAGCUCGAUUAAAGAAUCACCCGAACGUUUUGGCAGCAGCUCAGCCUAGUAAUCGUAAACCGAAAGGCCGCGAACACAGACCACGACUUCCCGAAACAGACGCUGACCCAAAUAGGAGAGUCCUCAAGACAGGCUUGGACGGCAAAAACGAGCCAAAGAAGGAGCCCGAGCUUGGAGAAGAGAAGUACUGUCAUUAUCACCAGCGAAAGGGACACCUUUUAGCCGAAUGCAAAGCCUUUGAAAACAAGCACUAGCAGUGAGAAACGAAUGUGUUCUCAAAGCAGGACUGUGUUUUCGCUGUUUAUCAGCAGGACAUAGAUCGAGCGAAUGCAAUACAACCGUGAAAUGCGCCAAAUGCGGGGACGAUCGUCAUCCCACGGCACUUCACAAAGAGAAGCCUGGCACGACACGUACGGAGCACGGCGAGGAGCUUAAAACGGCCUGCACUUCGGUUGGCCACAACCCCUUCAGCGGCGGAGUGUCUUGUAGCAAGAUUGUUCUCGUUGACGUUCUCUGUGAGAAUCGCCCUCGGCAGUCCCAUCGCACGUACGCAAUCAUAGACGACCAGAGCAAUGCUUCUAUGAUAACUCCAAACCUAGCGAAUAGGUUGGGCGCAACCGGACCGAUUGUGAAGUACUUCCUGACUACAUGCAGCGGUGGAAGAGAAGAAAAGUCUGGACGGCGAAUUUCCGGUGUUGUGCUACGCUCUCUGACCGGCAUAAUUGCGAAGCUACCCCAGCUCGUCGAGUGCACAAACAUCCCUGAGGACAAGCGCGAAAUCGCAACACCAGAGAUGGCCAGACAGUUUUCUCACCUCAAGGAGAUUGCCGAUGAAAUCCCGCCUUACGACCCUAAGGCAAGUGUCGAGAUCCUUAUCGGAAGGGACGCGCCGGAGUUGUUGAAGAUAAGAGCUAGCAGAAACGGACCUAAAGGAGCGCCAUGGGCCCAGAAACUAGACUUAGGCUGGACCAUCUCGGGCCAAAUGUGUUUAGAUCGAGUCGGUGGUCCAGUCCACAUCUCAGCACACCGCACAUCAUUGGAGCGUUUAGACAGGCUUGUUACCAGUUAUCCUCGGAACGUGCAAGCUUCACAUCAUCAUGCUGAAGAAAGUGAAAUCGUGCCCUGCCCAAAUCAUUUCCAGGUCAAAGAAAGAUAUGCAGAGAAAGGAGAAAUCGGAGACAACCUCUUUCAAUCGACACCCGGCGACAAUUUGGUCAGUUUGUCGCAAGAAGACAAACGCUUCCUGAAAAUAAUGGAGACGGGGACUCGCAAGAACCAACAGGGAAACUGGGAGAUGCCGCUACCGUUUCGCUCACCUACCGCCUCGAUGCCUAACAACCGACCUUUGGCUGUCAACCGCCUUAACGGCCUGCUUCGCACCCUCAAUAGAAAACCAAAGAUGAAAGAAGAUUACUUCCAGUUCAUGGGCAAAGUCUUCGAACUCGGUCAUGCGGUUCCAGUGCCACAGUACGAGUUGUUAACACCAAACGACUAUCCCAAUAGGAAAGAACCAUUGAAACUCACCGAAUCAGAGCGAGAGCACGUGGCAGGAGUCAGAGGCGAGGGACGCACAUGGUACUUACCUCACUUUGGGGUGUACCAUCCCAGGAAACCGGAUCAGAUCCGCGUGGUGUUCGACUCGUCAGCCGAGUUCCAAGGGGUCUCCCUCAAUAAAGAACUUCUUCCAGGUCCCGACCUUAUGAAUAGCCUUGUUGGAGUGUUAAUCCGCUUUCGUCAGGAUAACAUCGCCGUGAUGUGCGACAUUGAACAAAUGUUCCACUCGUUUCACGUGGACCCAAAGCACCAGAACUUUCUCCGAUUCCUUUGGUUUAAAGAUAACGAUCCGUCCAAGCGAAUCAUAGAGAACAAGAUGACAGUGCACCUGUUCGGCAACGGGCCCAGUCCUGCUAUAGCCACCUUUGGGCUACGAAAAACAGCAGACGACGGCGAGGAGAAAUACGGGAAAGAAACAAGAGACUUCGUCCACAGAAACUUUUACGUAGACGACGGGCUGACCUCCCGCCCCACGGAGAACGAAGCUAUUACCCUCAUCAGAAACGCCCAAGCCAUGUUAGCGACCGCGAAUUUACGCCUACACAAAGUAGUCUCCAACUCGGUCCUCGUCAUGGAAGCCUUCCCAGCUGAAGAUCGCGCCAAGAACAUCAAAGAUCUAGACCUACGCCGCGAUGUACUACCAUCGCAACGCUCUCUUGGGGUCCACUGGAACAUCGAGAAGGACCAUUUCACCUUCCAUGUCUCCCUCCCAGAAAAGCCCUUCACACGGAGAGGAGUUUUGUCUGUCAUAAACUCGGUGUACGACCCUCUGGGAUUUGUAUCCCCAGUCAUCCUGGAAGGGAAACUAAUACUACGGCAGCUCGUCAUCAUGGGGAAGAAGGUGAACGGCAACGAUCCUCUUGGAUGGGACGAUCCACUUCCCGAGAAGAUGAAACACCGCUGGAGUCGAUGGAGAGACGCACUCCCCAAACUGGAAGAAGUAUUGAUUCCUCGUUGCCAUCACCCCAAAGGAUUCGGCACAGUCACAAGAAGGGAGAUACACGCGUUUUCUGACGCAAGUAAGGAGGCCAUCGGAGCUGCCGUGUACCUGCGCGAAUUCAACAAUGAUGGAGCUGUAAGCGUUUCGCUUCUGUUCGGACGAUCUAAGAUGGCACCAACUCAAACGACGAGCAUCCCUAGAUUAGAGUUGUGCAGCGCAGUACUUGCAACACAAGCCGUAAUGAUGAUUCGCAGGGAGCUUGACGUUCAAAUUGAUGAAGAAAUCUACUACUCAGACUCGAAGGUUGUACUUGGCUACAUUCAGAACGAAAGUAGAAGAUUCUACGUCUAUGUCGCGAACCGCGUCCAGCAUAUCCGUAACGCAACUGCACCAAGUCAAUGGAGAUACAUAGACACUGCAAGAAAUCCUGCUGACCUCGCAACUCGCUGCGUUACCCCAGAGAAACUGGUAGAAUCGCCAUGGAUACUUGGACCUGAAUUUCUACGAAACCCGCAGCUUCAGCCUCAAGCUUCACUCCUGGAGGUACCCCUCAACGAAAGCGAUCCAGAGGUGAAAAGAGAAGUCACCACCUGUGCCACUGCAACACACUCACCCCAGAGUCUUGGCUGCGAGAGAUUCAAGCGCUUUUCCAGCUGGUCCUUCCUGAGGCGCGCAAUUGCAAGUCUUAUUGCGUUCAUAAGAAAGUUCAAGGAGAGAAAUCAAGUACUCUCAAACAAGCCAGUCAUCCCCCGGCCUACUCCGUCUGCAGCCGAACUCGAACAAGCUGGCCAGGUUGUAAUCAAGGCAGUACAGAAAGAAGUCUUCUCCGCAGAGCUUAAAGGGUUGACAUCUGCUAAAAUGGAGAAAUCAGUUCCAAAGCAUUCAAACCUGUUGCAACUUGAUCCCUUGGUAGAUUCUAAUGGACUACUCCGCGUUGGAGGCCGUCUCGAAAACUCGACGCUCGAAUAUCAAGAGAAACACCCAGUCAUUUUACCAAAAGGUCAUCAUGUAUCAGAGUUGAUCAUCCGCCACUUCCACGAAAGCGUCCAUCACCAAGGACGCCUCAUCACGAGCGGGGCAGUUCGCGAGGCCGGCUACUGGGUUGUCGGAGCUCAUCGAAUGAUAUCCAGCCUUAUUGAAUCCUGUGUAAAUUGCAAGAAGUUGAGAGGAGCAACCUUAACGCAACACAUGGCAAACUUACCACUAGAUCGAACGGAGACCAGCCCGCCCUUCACAAAUGUCGGCUUCGAUGUCUUUGGCCCCUGGGAAAUCUCAAUGAGAAGACUCAGAGGUGGUGCAGCAAACGCAAAACGCUGGGGUCUCAUCUUCACCUGUCUGAGUAGUCGUGCCAUUCAUAUCGAGGUACUAGAAACUAUGGACGCCAACUCGUUCAUCUGUGCACUGCGACGGUUUUUCGCCAUUCGUGGAUCAGUGACGAAACUCAGAUGUGAUCGUGGCACUAACUUUGUUGGAGGAAAAUCACAGUUGGAACGAGCACUUUCGGAGAUGGACCAAACACGAGUCCAGAAGUUUGUAGCUGAACAAGGUUGCGAGUGGAUAUUUAACCCUCCACACGCAUCGCAUUUUGGAGGCGUAUGGGAGCGACAGAUUGGCACUGUACGACGCGUUUUGGACGGAAUGUUACUGGGGAUUGGACGCGCACAGCUAACCCACGAACUACUAGUGACUCUCAUGGCAGAGGUGACUGGAAUCGUCAACAGCCGCCCUAUUUCAGCAGUACCCUCUGACGUCCACGAACCGCAACCACUAACCCCUGCCAUGCUGCUUACAAUGAAGACUCGCCCCCUAGCACCCCACCCUGGUAACUUCGUGCCACAGGACCUGUAUGCCCGUAACUGGUGGAGAAGGGCACAAUACCUGGCCGAUCAGUUCUGGGUCAGAUGGAAAAGAGAGUAUCUGCAGAACCUUCAGAACAGAUCGAAGUGGCAGAAACGCGAACGUAACCUCGCUGUCGGUGACAUAGUCCUGGUUAAGGGGGACAACACAACCAGAAACGACUGGUCGCUCGGAAGGAUUUCAGAAGUAACCCAGAGUACCGACGGCAAAGUGCGGAGUGCCAAAGUGACUUCAUGUAGAGCGGGAAACGUAAAGACCUACGAACGACCAAUUUCCAGUUUCGUCGUUCUACUCAAACGGGAAGACGAAGCCUAAUCUUGCGGACAAUAUAAUUUGAUUCCACGGACUUGAUUUAUAUAAUGUUGACGGAAGCAAGGAUUUUCAAUCCUUGGGCGAGGAGUGUUGUGAAAUCGUAUAUUGCGUUACGCUCGUUUGUAUUUUUGUUUAAUUCGUUAAUUUUUUACCAGUUUGACAUAUAUCAUUAUUAUCACAGUUGUCUAGCCCCGGAGUUUUUUACCAGAUCUAAUCGGAGAGUACAAGGAGUUUUUUACGGAGUUAUUUCAUUCAGUUUUUUCCUAUUUUGUUGUUCCUUUCUUUAAUACGCUUGGAGGAACUAUAACGUAAGUUCUUUUCCAUUUUUGUCUUUCAUUUUAGGUUUGUUUUACGCUCGAUUUCCUUUUAAUUUUAGUUAUAUUUUCUUGCGUAACGCGUGUCUAUGUAUGUUUUCAGUUCUCACCAUAUGCUUCAUUGAUACUGCAAUAAACGAACUUUAAUCGAGUACGGAGCGUGUGGUUGAUCACAGCGAACUCCACCCGUGGGAACGCGACAAUGAUGAACAUUGCAUUAUGGACAUGGACCCUGAGGCUAACAAUUGACACCUUUGCACCAAAGCGUCCAUGAUGUUUCCUUCUUGCUAAUACCCUAACUGAGUAAACAGCAAAUCACAGGACUACAGUGUGUGUUUUAAUGUAUUCAACGAUAAUGAACAUAUAUGUUGUAGUUCCAUCUUUAUACCCAAAAACAAAAGAAAAACAAAAAUUACCUGAGAUAAAAAAUUAACAAUCUACAACAUAAACACUAUCUCUUCACUGGAAGCGAAAAAAUGCUAGCUUCAUAUGGCACUGUUACUAGAAAUUUGUGCGAAAUUUCAGACGACCUAAAGUAUUAAAACUUUCCAGGAAACCCUCUGAAGAUUUAUCGUCAAUCUAGACAAAAAUACCACAUUAGGAACCCCUCUAUGCAAAAAUGCUGGCUACACCCCUGCUGAUGUUUCGACAACCUGUGCGAUAGUCAUCUUCUGAGUCAAAUACUUUUUGUAUUACUGAAUUAGAGUCAUGGCAGCAAAAUAUCGUGCUUUUAGCUUGUAAAGUCCUUGUUAUGUAAGCCGUUCCUUUACAAAAGAUGUGCCUUUACCUCUAAACUCCUCCAUCUACGUUGUCAGCCAGACCAUGAAAACAUAAAAAAAUGUAAAAUUGACAUUUGACAUACCCAAGCAACGGUCAAAUCCACAAUUUACCACAAAUACCCGCGAUGGGGGGCAGGAGGGAUGUUGAAAUUUUCAAUUGAUUAGCACAUAAGGUUUAUGCUUCAUUAAUAUGCUUUUAUUAUGAAAAGAUUCAUCAUUUUUAAGGAACUGAGGAGUUCCAAACCAUUUCAUAAACAAACCUAGACUUGCAUAAUUAUCAUCACUCGGAUAAGUAAAUGUUAAAAACUACACUUCAAUACCAGCUCUAACACAUUAUAAUGAAUUGCCAACUGGUCUACUUGCAUGUACUUGCAUGCAGUGGUGCGUAUAGUAACUGUAAGUACAUGCAGAUAAUAAAUAGUGGUAUUUUCCUGGCUAUACUUACUUUUGGAUCAAAAUCUCAGGCAAAAGAGAUCUCUUUCUGAGCGAUGCCAAAGUCCUUCUGAGGGAUUCCAUUUGCAACACACUUCCUUCUAAGGAUACCAAACCCCUUCUGAAACGUCUCCUUGGGAGGGACGCCAAAAUCCUACUGAGAGAUUCCAUUUACGAGUUUCAAAAUAGAUAACUCCGUCGAUUCUUCCCUACGUUUUUGCUUUCUUAUAAAGCUCUGAUUUAAUAUCGAAAGAUUCCACAUUUUCAAGGAACAGUGGAAUUUAAGAUAAUUCCAUAUGCCUUUUCCUUGCCGUUCGAAUUCUUACUCGUAAAUUCUUUUAGAAAGCCAAUGAAAGAUGCGCCAUCUUGGCCAUUUUGUCGAUCAGGCAACUCUUGUUUCUAGUCCCCCUCGAUCGCAUCCUUCGCGUUCCCAACAGUUCGCGUUACCUGAUCCUGUAGCACGCUCACUUUCGGGAGCUGGACGAAUAGAGAACGCAUAUCGCUACCGCCAUUCGCUACACAGAAAUUGUUAUACUGAAUUAUCUCAAAUACGAGUUCGCUUUUAAAAAGAACCUUACCUCAUGAAGCGAUGCAGUUUUUGAUCGAUGAUCUGACUUCACUAGCCUUUUCUCGCUAACCAAAUAAUUAAGAUUACAUACAACAUUUUCCCGACCUCUUAUACACCUCUCCACUGCGAAAGACUGAUGCAGUAGACUCCGUUUCACACUUUUCCACCUCGUUCAACAUGAUGACAAAUGACCUGGCGUUACGAAUAGAAAAUGUUCUUCUCCAGGCAAUCGAAUCUAUUCGAAUCUAAUGGAUACAAUGGAUUCCAUUGGAACGCCUUUUCAUCCCCUUAUACAACAGGAGUGGAAUUUCCUAAGUCUCUCACGAAUAGAAAAUGAACUUUUCCAUCGGAAUCUAUUCGUGUCCAAUGGAUCCGAUGGACUCCAUCGGAACGACUUUCCACCUCCUCAUCCAACAUGAGUGAAAUUUUUCUAAGUCUCUCACGAAUAGAAAAUGAACUUUUCCAUUGGAAUCUAUUCGUGUCCAAUGGAUCCGAUGGAGUCCAUCGGAACGACUUUCCACCCCCUCAUCCAACAUGAGCGGAAUUUUUCUAAGUCUCUCACGAAUAGAAAAUGAACUUUUCCACUGGAAUCUAUUCGUGUCCAAUGGAUCCGAUGGAGUCCAUCGGAACGACUUUCCACCCCCUCGUCCAACAUGAGCGGAAUUUUUCUUAGUCUCUCACGAAUAGAAAAUGAACUUUUCCAUCGGAAUCUAUUCGUGUCCAAUGCAUCCAAUACACUUGGUAGGACUUUGCACCACUAGACUUCCGGUUUUCCGAUGGAAAGCAAGGGGAUACGACUGGAUUCUGGUCGACAGUAUUGGACAACCCUCAAGUAGGAGGAAUAGGCCACUUGCACUAGGAGGCCACGUGACCAAUGCUUUCUUUAAACAAUGAGCUGGAAUCUUGUUACUGCCAAAAAUUGACAGAGCACAUAAAAAUUAUCUUACACCCGAAAUUUGAGAGGAAACGGGUAUUUUAUGGCACUUUGAUUUUUCAACAAAGUAGUAUCAUUUGUAUUGGCCGCCGUGUUGGAGGGUAUACUCUUGCCUUCCAACAUGGCGGCCAAAACUACUUUUUACUUAGAUCUUGUUAAACGUUUGAUAGUUGCCCUCAGAUGUGCUGUAAACGUUCCCACAUCAACUUUUCAACAUUUUGCUUGACGUUUAAGUGCAAAGUUUGUGUUCGGAAAGAGGAAAUUCACAAUAAUUUUAUUUUAAAAAUCGCACUUUGGUCACGUGACCACCUGCGAACUUACUCAAUUUAAAAAAAUGGUGCAGGUUUGCAAAACCAAAUCACUAUAAUUAUUUUAUUAAAGAUAUGACCCACUAGUCGUUUUUGAAGAAAAAAUCAUAUAACUUUCAUUUUCAUAAAAACGAUGUCACAUGACCUCUUGGUGCAAAUGGCCUACCGGUAUUCGGGAUUUUUCUUCAAUUCAGAAGUUAAAUUAAGAGGUAUUGCCUUUACAGCUAAAUUCGCAAUUAGGACAGGAAUCUCAUAAAUUAUUUUUUUACUUAGUAUACUCCUUAAGCUAUACAGUUAUAGUUAUUCACCAGGCCCAAAUUGUUCAACUGGUGCAUGGAUAUCACAACCACCUGACUGGAUAAAUCUCUCUCCACUGUAUAACGCAAUUGAUUUCUCUAAUACUUAUCCACUAGAUAGCGACGGAUUUAUCCGGUGUCUGAUAGUGCUAUCGCACUAAUGAACAACUGGUACCUGAGCAAUUUGGAAACAAGUAGCAAAAAAGUCAGGCGAAGUUCACAGGGGCGGAUCUAGGGGGAGGGUGCAGGGGUGCACCCCCCCCCGAGAUAACCUGCAGUUUUCUAAUACAACUGGUAUUCUGCAAAAAAAAAAAAUGUGGUUUAUUGGUGUUGAAGUAGAGCAAGGGACGAGUGCACCCCCUCCUAAAAAAAAUCCUGGAUCCGCCCCUGGUUCAUUGUGUAUUUUACAAAGUAUAGCUUUGUGUUGAGAAAGUGUUUUUCGGGGAAGAUCGUCCCAAUGAUUUGCAUUGGAAGUUAAUGUCAGUAGACGAAGAGUGUGAUACCAUACUUCGCUGAACUAAUUAAGAGGAAAUGUAAACCAACCAGACUGCUUUGGUUUGAAGUCUUCAACGUUAGUUAGUAGACAAGUUUUGAGUGCUCUCUGUGUUGUUCCACAGAGAACUUCAGUAAAUAAUCGAAGCGAAACUGUACUAAAGAUUAAUUGUGAAGAGUGUUUGGAAAAAAAGGAUGAACAUACGGUCUCGUCCGCUUAAUCAGCUUAAUCAUUAGAGAGCUUACUGAGCAACCACGACACAGGCAAACGUCAGUUAAGUUAAUUCGUGUUGUUUCAAUCUUUAUCGCUCCUGUUCAAUUUGUCAAAUGUUGGUGAAUGUUUCUACGUCUAGAAAAGGAAAAUCGUUGCUUGUACAUUUGUUUACGUCCUCCCGUAAAACGUGAAAUUAGGAUCGAAGUUUUACGUCAUGGUCUUAGCUUGCGACGACGACAAAGAAAUGUACAAAAAAAGGUGUAAGGCAUGCGAAAAGUUGUUAUUUUGCUGAUUGCUCUUUGGCCGUUCUCGUUGCCGUCGCCGUGGCCCUCAUUGUUGCUUAGUAAGCUCCCUAUUACAAAACUCUCCGGCUAGAAAACACUUUGUUGCAUGUUCGUUUAAAACAAACACACCAUAAGAGAAUUAGGAUUGCUAAGGUGCUGGGUGCUAGCUAUUACCUUAAAAUCGCUUUUGACCGUAUUGAUUUAGCCGAAGUAUUGGCAUUUAAUGGCAUAUUUCCAGGCAAUAGCUUAAUUCAGUUAAAUGUUUGGAGUAAAUAAACAGUAAGUAACUGACGUUAAUGUUUUGAUUGCUUGUAUUAAUGUCUGCUCAUGUACAGUCGAACCUCCGCUAUAUAACCACCACCUCUCAACAACGGCUACUUUUUUUGUCCCGGUGGACAAACAAUCCAUUCAUUGACUCUUGUUUAAAACCUCUCUACAACGGCCACCUCUUUGCAACGCGGGCCACUUUCUCUGGCCCCAAGGUGACCGUUGCAGAAAGGUUCAACUGUUUACCGUAACCGGUACCCUGCGAGCAGGUGAUCGUGGGCGCCACGACCUCGCCUUUCGAGCCACUCAGCUGAGCAUAAUCUAGGCAUAGAUAGGAGUAACCUUGGAUUUGAGGGUUGGGUGGUGGGGCAAGGUGAAAAGAGUGCGGUGAGAGUGAAAAACGGAAUGAGUUUGCGGAAUGGCAUGUGGCAUGGCUUGCGGAAAGACAUAAUUAUGCAGAAUUUAAUUUAUGGAAAAUGGCGCAAAGAAAUAAAUUAAACAGGAAAGUAUGCGCGCGUCUCUGCCGUGCCUUCUUUGGCUCCAAAUUCGAAGGAGCAAUCGCCAGGCUAAAAUUGAAGCACAGCUGAUACACCAAAUAGGGUCACUCUUUAUCAUAACGCUAUAGGGUAAAAACCGCUCGCUGAACGUGAAGUGGGGAUAGCUAGAAUUCUAGGGAUUUUUAAUACGGUGAACGAAUCAGAUCAUAUUCGAGACUAAAUGAACGCCUCGAGUCAAACAUUAAUCCGUAAUCCACAAAUCGAGUGAAGCGGCGAACUUCUCUCUGUCUCCUUUCGGCCUUUCCGCGUUUCCUCGCUGAUCGAGAACUGGCCAAGUCAUUAACAUGUACGGUAUUUUUUUAACAGUUAGUUUGAUCCCAACCGGCUUUACUAACUUAAUAAAGGUAAAGGUGAAGGAGAAAAAAUGCUAAAAGUGGGAAAGAAAAGAAAGAAAGAAAGAUAAAAAGAACACAAACUCGAUUGCUUGGAUUUGAGCUCGCGCUUCUCUGCCAGAUGUUUUAGCCUCGCUUGUCUGAAACUUCAUCACACAGUUAAGGAAACAAAAUACAAAAUAGGUUUGAUCUCUGAAUAUUAUGUCACAAUCAAACACGCGACCCACCGUCUUUAUAAUAAAUACUUUUCACGGGGUUUCAUUAAAUAGAGAAAAAAGUGACGUUAAUCGUGCAAAUAUUUUGACCUUGAUAUCGUGACCUUCCAAAACAUCUUUUCUUCAAUGGGUGACUUUCGUGAUGUAGUAUCGGUGCUGCCAGCAGCCCGACUAAUAAAGGCAAGUAGAAUCUUUGUGGCUGUGCAAAAAGUUAAUGGACCGUGAGAAAUCAGGGAGUCUUUCUUGGCUUUUUGAUUGUGAUCAUAGUCGAGCUCGCAACAUUAAAAGGCGGCUGCUUGUGAGUUGAUUGGCGCUAAAAGAAAGGGCCCAAUUUUCAGUUUAAUUUAUUUCUUUAAAGUGCUACUACGAUCAAAUCUUUGACUACCAUUUUUUUUCGCUAGAUUGGCAGUUUAGUACUUGAAGUACAUGGUGUGCAAGUUGUAGCUUCAUACGAUUAGGGAAAGUGGUAUUUUUUGGCGCUCAAAAACCAUUAAUUUUCGUCCGCCAUUAAAACGCUAUGUUCCUGUGGCCUGGUUACCAAGAACACAAGGCAAUUGCUUUGUGACGUCAUUUACUUAACGCAGUACACACAGCGUGACAAUUUUCUUCCAAGAACCCUGCUCAACAAUGUUCCCUUUCCUCCCACUUCGAUGCGUUCUUGUUUAGGAAGACUCUUUCGAUCUUACCACAUUAGGCUCCGUAUGAGUGAAGCAACUGCUUCAAUCGAUAGAAUUGAGCUGCACGCGAGUCUGACCAACUGAAUGUGAGAUUCGAGGAAUAGGUUUGUUUCCAGCUGACAGUUUCGCUGUUUUCUCGGUUUGAGAACUUCGAAGAGUGCUGCAAUAGCAUUUACGGGGCUUUCAACGCAAGCCAGUGGCGUAAAAUUAAACUUGGAUCGUUUGCUAGCAUAUGGAAGAAAGAUCAAUCGACAGAUCUUGAAUCCGGAAAGAAAUCUUCGCAUAAAGAGGGAGCGCCUGGAGGUAAGCUUACAGUUCGCAAAACUUGCAGUGAAUGUCCCCAACGCUAAGUUUAUUUAUAUCGCCGGUGGUGAUUUUUGCUUUUACUACUGGCGAAGUCAUCGAAGAUAAAUUUUUUCUUAGACCUUUCUUCGACUGGAACGCGACGACAACGAAACUUUUAGGAAACUUUCAAAAAGAUUUGCCCUAAGGCAACAGAUCACAGAGAGCCCUCUAGUUUUGUAAACACUAUUAUCGCUCACACCUUGCUCUUGCAGUGUACUAUUUUUUCUGUUACCACUAUUAAUAUUCCUUUGAGCUUUUAUUAAAAGCUUUAAAGCUCUAUUUGUAAAUUUUUAUUAUGAAGCAUUAAAAUCUAUCAGGAUUAUGGUGCAAUCUGAAUGGUAUGAUAUUUUAAUAUACAGUAAAUUCCUUAGUAUUUCCAACAUUCUGUUCGCCAUAACCCUCACUAAACAAAUUAAAGGUAUACUUUUUUCAAUUUUAGUCUUCCCAAAACUCAGAGCCUGAGCACAGACACACUGUCAGUUCAAACCACAAGCUAAAGCAAGAGAGCCCACACAAGUUUAUUGCAAAAACUGUUUUUGCAAUUUUACAGCAAGAAUUAUUACCAUUUACUGAUGUGGUCUUUAAAAUAAAAUUGUGAUCUUAUCUUGAAUGUUGUGUAUUGUUAUUCUUUUGAGUGAAUAACGAAAAGUUUUGCAAUCUCGCAUUGAAUACUUAUAAUAAUUAUAAUUAUAGUAUAUAAUUUGAGAUGUAAACUCCAACACAGGGGCACUCAUGCACUGAAUCACUGAAGUGAUGUGACUGACAGAUUGCAAGUUAAAAAUGAAUAAUAACCAAGGCUUGGUCACUGAAACAUUUACUGCAACUGAAGGUUAUGUACAUGUAUGAGAUAGUUUCAUGGCCCCUGCUCAUCACUGCUGCUUUAUGUUUCACUACUCAAGGUUGUGCUCUACCAGCACCCAUUUGGCCCGUGGUGCUUAACUAUUGUUCCGGGGCAACCAGGAAAUUUUUUCAUAGAAAUCAUGUGCUGGGCACCCAGGAUUUCACGGGUCCGGAGCACUGGGCUCCUUUCAAUUUUUCUUAGAGCACAGCCUUGCUACUUCAUAAAACCUUGGUGUAUCUUUUAAUAUGGGAUAGACUAAUGUUAUUCCUAUAAAUGAGGAAGCUUCAUGGCCCCUUACCACAUACAAAGGCACUGUCCACCCUACUGUAACAAUUGAUCUGCACACUUGUUGAUCACAAGAUAAAUGUGAGGCCCCAGCUAAGAAGCUGGAGGACAAGUUUAGGUCUUACGUACCGUGUGCAAUAUACAAAUCCAUUAUUUUUUAGUCAUACCAGUGAUACUGUUUAAAUACUGUUUAAAGGCUGCAAUUUUAUUGUUCUUUGUUGUCUGAUUUAGCAUAGUCUAUUUAGGGGUUAUUAUAUAGCCUGAGCCAAGCUAGGGCAGGGCCCACGCAGGGCAAAGGGGCUUCCCCACUUUUUGAAAAAUAAAUAAAUAAAAUUAAGUACAGUGGAACCUUGAUAUAAUGAAGGGCCAAGGGACUGGCAAAAUAUGUUUAUUAUAACAGGGUUUGUUAACUUUUAUCGAGGUUCUUUUUCAUAUUGCCUUAUAUUUUAUUUACUGGAGUAAAAAAAAUAGUUUGUUAGACCGAGGACUUAGUUAUAGAGGUUCCAUUGUAAUAUACAUUUUCAUAUGAAUAGUAUCUUUGUUGGAAUAAGAAUCUUCCAGCAUCUAAAUUUAUUAUUGGUCCGUUUUGAUACCAUCAGUCUGAUGCGUGGUAAGCCUCAAAAAUUCAAUCGUCGUAGAUUUCUGCAUUUUCAAACCAGCAAAGCUAUGUAGCAUUUGCAACAAUGCGGAAUAGUCUUUUUUGACGAAGGUUCUUGAUUAAAUCUGAAGACUACUCCAUGAACUACGGUUUCUUAAAACGAAUUAUAUGAUGAUUUGGUCUCUGGCACAUUUCAAUGACAUACUAGACAAAAUGAAGGCAUUACAGGAACCUACAGUGUAAUAUCAUGAUCUGCAAACUUCUAGUGGUGGAUUCAGCAUGUGCAAUCACGUUCAGCAGGAGAAAGGUACUUUUCAGCAGCUUGAAAUUUAUGAACAUGACUCUGCUCAACAAUGACUCAAUAAAGGUUCAGUAAUCUGACAGUUCUAAACAGCCACAAAGAGAGAACAGCCAAAUUUGCUCUCCCCCCCCCCCUCAAUGUAGGUGGUCACCAGCCCCGCGCACGUUAAAAACUGCUUACCAGGCCCUCUUAGGGGUUGUAACUCUUAUAAAUGCUAGUUUCUAAUAAUAUUUUACAAUGGAAAAACCCAGCAAGAAAAACCCACAGAGCGCAAUCAAGGAUGGGCCUCCAUGAUGAACAUAAUUUCCACUGUGUAACACUUCUUCCUAGAGGCAGUGAAUUUAUGGCACACUGUGUUAUCAGCAGAAUCGUGCAACCUAGUGAUGUACUGAACCAUUUAGUUUUUCAACAAGUAAAGUUAGUUGCAGGUAAUAAUUUAUUAAUGCAGUGAUAACCCAGUACUCUAUGAUCUACAGACACCCACUUAAUUGGACACCCAUAUAUAACAGGCAGUUUUGUUUGUCCCCAGGAAAAGCAUACAUUUUUUCUUUAAAAUUAACCGGCUUAGUACGCACAGUAGUUAGCACAGUAGUUAAUGUGGACAACAACCACUUUUCUGUGUUUCAAGUCAGAAAUUCCUAUAUAUUCUUAAUCCAGCUUUACAGACACUGGUUACCCAGGCACUUUCUAUUUUUCUUGUCACAAAUGAUGUGCCAAUUGUAGACAUUGUACCAAGUUCACGGGUUAAUAAGAUUUUAUUACCAAAACAUCUGAAGCCAAAUAGCAUGACACAUUUGACUUUGAUACAUCUUUCUUUCUUCCCCUGUUUGUAGUCCUUUGAUAAAUUUUCUGCCUCCUGCUCAACAAGUUUCACGUCCUUGGCUUUUUGCUACAGUCAUUGUUCCUACCCUUCUUUCUCCUUGUUCCUUUAUGCUAUAUAUCAAAUAAAUCACGUGUCUGUCACUUUUUUCCAGAGAGCUAACUUAACAUGGACACCCAGAUAAUAUUGACAUCAUAACACGUCUGUAUUAACCUUUCCACUAUAUAUAUUUUCUUGUCUAGCCAAAGCUUCAAAGCUGGUCCCUGUAGAGCAUCCAAAAUAUGCACACCUGGGUUUGAAUAAUAAAUAAAUUUUAAAAAAAACGUCACAUACAACAAUUUCAUAAAGUUAUCUAUAAAAGUUAUGGGAAUACAAGGGGAUAUCAUUGACAAUAGUUGGAUGAGGUGAAAUCUCUGAAUUUUUAUUAGCGUUGCAAUUUAUGACUUGCAAUAAUGAUCUGCAGUCAAUCGAUAGGGAAGGCAUAGGCAGACACAGCCUUUUCAAAAAAACAUGAGCUACAAAGAAUGUGACAGUCUUUAAUGUCAGCCCUGAAAAUUAUUAAAUUGAUAUACCAAAUCGAGAGCGAGCGAUCCCCUUAUUUAUCUAUUUGUAUUGAAAAUGAGUAAAUUAACUUUUCUGACAAAGAGAACUUAACAUUAGAUCUAAUUUUAAAAUCCUCAGCUCAGAUACGUAACGCUAAGGUAACAAUUAAAUUUUCAAUAAUAAAGGACAGCAGUCAGUUUAAGAUGGUAAAAAAAACACAUGCAUAUGACAACGAGCUGGCUGCUUUAGAACUGAAACUUAGCUGAACAGAAAACUGUACCCACUCUGAUUCGCUGUGCCUGAAGAGCUAUAAAGCAAAACUUUAUCUACACUUGGAUAAAUGAGCACUCGAGAGUGGCUAGAAGGCAGGUGAAAUUGGUGCGGACUCUCGAUCGUCUUCCCUGUGUAUUAUUAUUAUAGCUAGUACGUAUACAAAUACACCCACCAGUAGUCCGAAUCUCCGUCGGCACAAACUGCAUAAAAUACGACUUGGUGAAGUGUGUUUUAUUUCCUUCUCUGAGGUUAGCUGCCCUUAGUAUUUGACUUUCUCAUAUUCAGUCGGUGCUGGUUCUACAGAGUCAUCGUAAUCUACGAUUUCCUCCUUCACAAUUCCAGAAUCGGGAGAAGACGAGCGAAGCUUUGAUCGGUAGCUGUUUUCUCACGGUUCAGGUUUGUUUUCUUGGCGCGUUCAGAAAAUGACGUCACAAUCAGAGAACAAUAGCUUUGUCACUGGAACAUAAAUUUGUAAUGGCGGACGCGAAAAACCUACAUUUUCAAGCUCAAUAUUUUCACUUAGAGGGCGCCAAAGUUCAUUUCAAUGACCGAAACAGGUACAGCCACUUCUGAUAACCUGAAAAGAAAGCGUUUUUGUGACAAAAGUGACAUUAAAUUUUGAUCGUAGUAGCACUUUAAGUCAUUCUGCAUAUAUUGAUUCUGCACAAUUUUAUGUCAUUCCGUAAUCCAUGCCACAUGCCAUUCCGCAAACUCAUUCCGCCCUUUACCCUCGCCGAAAAGAAAAACGGAUGGAAAAAUGGACAAAGGAGAAAUUGGAGAGUUUCUCUCCCACUCUGAUUUUACGUAUAGUAAUUACCUUUCCAAAGGCUCUAUGUAAUAUCAGCGACGGUUCCAUGUGAACGGAAGGGUCUCGUGCUUUCAGGCUCCUCACCUGAAGGGAACCCUCAUAGGGGACGGCUUAACUGACAGACUGACAGACGACCAAUAUCGCAACGUAAUUGACCAAUCAGACCAAUAACCAGAAUAUAAUACUAUCAACUUACUUGAUACAACUCACUUUGACUCUGAAGAUGACUACCGCACAGGUUGUCCAAACGUCAGUCACUGUCAACAACAACAGUCCUAUUCAGGACUACGUUCACCCGGACGAUCAAACUCAACCUACUUUUGAAAUAAAAUAAAUUGUUUGUCAUACCUCUUGAAAUUGUACAUAUAUUAAUUAUAGUCGGUUUGAGUUGGCUACCUUAAUUUGCCUCGAUCUGAUGGUAAGCUUGAGCUACCUUUUGGUUUUAUAAAUAUUUUAAGAAGUUUAUGCUUUGUAAACAGAUUAUCAGUUCUCAGAAAUAACGAUUAUUUUUGGAUUCUUGAGGUCGUCAAAAAGUCAAAACACGUCAGGCACCAUUUGAUUCGUUGCCAAAAUAAAGUUUAGUCUGGGUCAAAACGGACAAGACCUCUUUGUUGCGGUUUCUGAUCAUGACAGUGCCAACCGGUUACGCCUCUGAGUGUUUCAAAACUUAAAUUGUUUCCCAUUUUUUUCCCAUGGAUUUAAAUACCUCGCUGGACAAUAAUCUUCAUGAUGAAGUAUGCUGUUCUGUGUGCAUGUGCCAAUUCUGGAGCAUUUAAUUUGAACAGUCAGGGAUGACUUGGCCGAAGGUUGAUUUAUGUACAUUUUAAAACGACCACAAUCUUGGACAAAAUAGAACGAAAAUUAAUCCGUCCUCCCUCCUGCAAAAUAGAGGAUGGGGAUAUAAUGGCGCGUUUUGGCUUUCGCGUGGCUUUUCAGUGCUCUUGAUAUUUGAGCCAACGGGGACCUGAUUUCCCAGUUUAAUCUGUCCAAGGAUUUAACACGUGUCGGUAACGAGUUGAGUGUACGCAAAUAUUCAAACAAUUUUUAACCUGCGCCUGCCUAGCAAACAUUUCCGGAAUCAAUUAGGGACGCAGAGCUUCUUCAUUCCUCAUUUCUGCAAUCCCCCGACUUUCUUGAAGACCUCAGGCGGAAACCAUUGCCACGGGAAGGUUAUCCAUGCUUCAACGAGCUGAUUAAAAAUUCUCGCAGGAUGUUUUUUAUUCUUCCGUCAAACCAUCAAAACAUGUCAAGAAACGCUAUUUGAUUGGUUAAUAAUACAGAGUUAAGUCUGGCUCAGAGGACAAGACAUAAUUGUUCAUUCGCAAAGCCAUUCCCUUGAUCGUCAACAACUAGGCCGAAAUUUUUGAAGAGUAACCUUGUUUCCGACCUUUUCCAUGGAUAUAAAGACCUUGCUGGACAAUCUUCAUGAUGAAGUAUCCUGUUCUGUGUGCAUGUGUGCAUUCACUGAUCCAAAGCAGUUGCCUUGUUUGCACAGUUUCUGUCUUCAUUGCCUGAACGGAAUUCAACGAACGAGCGGCGUCCAUGGUAAAAUUACAUGCCCCGAGUGCAGGAGACAGUUUCAAAUCCCUGGAAGUGGAAAUCCUAGCGAACUUCCCACCAAUUUUCGUAUCAACAGUUUGCUAGAUGUCUUGGCAAGAAAAGAGUGCAGCACAGCUAACGUGAAAUGUGGAAACUGCGACAAGCAGAGCGCCCAGACCUUAUAUUGCUUCCAGUGUUGUUCUUUCUGGUGCGAGGAAUGUAUUUUAGGACAUAACAUAAUACGCAUCAAUAAAGAACACAGAACGCUGGCACUGAAAGAUUUUCAAGAUCAAGACAUCGAGGCCGUGUUAAAGAGACCAGCAUUUUGUCAGAAGAAACGACAUGAAAGCAAAGAGUUGGAGGUCUUUUGUAAGGACUGUAAAGUCGCCAUUUGCAACACUUGUGCCUUAACGCUCCAUGAAGGUCACGGAAAGAUGCUUUUGGAAGAAGCUACAGACGCGCGCAAGACUCAGAUCAACUCCAUGACUCAGUCUUUAAUAGAAAAAGCAAAAGAAAAACGCAAAGAACUCGAGCAAUUUAAUGAAAAGAGCACGGACAUUAAACUACAAGUUGCCGACUUUAAAAGACAAGUGCAGACGAAUGUGGAUCAAGUUAUUGCAAUCAUCGAAGCGAGGAAACAGGAUGUUUUUGCUGCAGUCGAUAAUCAAGCGAAAAAAUCACUGGAAUCUCUCUCAAAGAAAAAAGGACAAGUUGAAAAUCAAGUGAAAUUAAUUGAAUCGGCAAUUGAACAAACUAAAGCUCUUGUGAAACGAAGCUUUAGUACUGAAAUCCUUGGAUUCAGUGAAACAUUUGAUACAAUCCUACGGGAACAGGGCACCCAAGGAAACCGUGACAUUGAAUGUAUUCCUCGGUUUAGUUUUACUAAAAGUGAAAAACUGAUUAACGUGUUGAACAAUGAAGGGAUAGGUAAUGUAAAAAUUGUUUUCAGCGAAACUAAAGCCCAACAAUCAGGAGCUAAAGGUAACGAAAGUAGUAAAGUAAUUGCUGGGAUUAAAGGGGCAAAUGUUCGUGACAGUCCUCUUGAGACUCGGGUACAAACCAGGCGCUUCGGAUCUGUGCUGUCAUUUGGACAAAAAGGUAAGUCUGUUGGAAUGCUUAACUAUCCCUGGGGGGUGGCAGUGAAUGAUCGUGAUGAAAUUGCUGUGACUGAGCACUGGAACCACAGGGUUUCAGUGUUUAGUAGUGAUGGUACCCACUUAAGAUCGUUUGGUAGAAUCGGUAACAAUAAUGGUGAGUUCAGGUACCCUACAGGGAUCGCUUUUGAUAGUCAUGGCAAUAUUGUAGUGACAGACUGUGCUAACCACAGGGUGCAAGUCUUUGAUAGGAAUGGUAACUUUCUUAGUAAGUUUGGUGAAGAAGGAAGUCGUGAUAAUCAGCUUGAAUACCCUCAAGGUUUAUCAAUAAACGGUAACGGUGAUAUUAUUGUUGCUGAUAACGGUAGCAAAUUAAUCAAGAUAUUCUCCUCUAGUCACAACUAUUUGCGUAAGUUUGGUGGAGCAGGUUCAUUGGUCACUCCCUAUCACUGUAUCCAACAUGGUCAAUAUUUUAUAGUCUCAGAUUACGGUGAUCAUUCCCUUAAAAUGUUUGAUCUUGAGGGAAAAUUUAUUUCUAAAUUUGGAAAACAGGGGAACAAGGAUGGAGAGUUCAAUCAACCCCUUGGCUUGUCAGUUAACAAAGAAGGAUUGCUAAUGGUCUGUGAUGCGGGAAAUCACAGAGUUCAAGUAUUUGAACUGAGUGGAAAGUUUGUUACAAAAUUUGGAAGUGAAGGUAACGGGAGAGGAGAGUUGAAGAAUCCAAUUUCUACAGCAAUUCUUAGUGAUGGAAGAAUAGUUGUGUGUGAAUUUCAUAACAACCGAAUCCAGGUAUUUAAGCAUAAAUGAGAUAAUUUUGCCAGCGAAUACAACCGUCUCUCCUCGCUCCUCGUCGUUAGGGACCUUUAGCGGAAAACGUCUUUGCCGCGAAACUUCCUAAUAGCGGCGAUGAGCGAGGAGAGUCAGCUGUAUUCACAGCGGGCUUGAAAUAAUACUACCUUUGGUGAAGUAAGACUUGAGAAAUAGGUCCCGCUAUUAUACAUUGAUCAUUUAAGCUCCACUGUUCAUGUUUCUGGAGGAAUCAAUUUUGUGCGAUUAUUUUCGUUGUUUAGACAUUUUGAUAUGUCGAAAUUGGCGUAGUAUGUUCUACUUGUAAAUAUAUUUUGUCCAUAAAUGAUAUGGAUCAGUCCACUGUCGCGUAAAAGUUCAGUUUACGCCGGCGCCACCUUCCUUGCAUUGCCUCUAUUUUAUUUACGCGCGUAAAUACAAUGCUUAGAAAGAAAAACUGGACCAUAUAUUGGCUUAUAUUGAAUUGACUAGUUCCAAAAAAAGUAAUUAAUUGAGAUAAUUUUCUCUUACAUUGUAAUCUCACAUUAUUACUAAAUAAAUUUGCAAAUACUUCAUAUCUAAAAAUAUUAUACUGUUUGAUAUUUACAUACACUUUUGAAAGUGUGAUUUUUGAAUGGGUUUUAAUCUGUGCAAUAGCGAGGACAGCCUGUUGUCAAUUUUGUAAGUAAACGGCUUAUUUUUACUUACCUUUUUUCAGAGUAAUAGACAUACAUAUUUCUCAAAAAGCAAAAUACUAUUCCCUGUAAAUAACUCAAGUGGAUUAUUUUUUGUCUUAAUAAACAACAGUGUAAAUGCUAUGUUCCUUGUAUUCAAUGUCUCCUAAUAGUCAAAGGCGGAUUUAGUGGGGGGAAGUGGGGACGAGGAAGCCGCGACCACUCCUUUUUUCUUUGAAAUUUUGUAUGAUUUUUAUAGAAUUCUCUGUUUAUAUAGCUGGCAAGUGUCCCAGCCACCCCUUUCUGAAUUUUCUAGAUUCGCCCCUGCUAAUGUAUGCGAUAACCUGCGCAGGAGAGUCGACAACGCCACUUAACAGCUAGUCUCGCUUCUUGUGUCACGCGCUUAAGAGAAAAACUAAACAAAUUUAGCAGUAACGUUGGAAAUUGGUGAAGGCCACCUCUCCCAUUUUGUCUCAUUUACUGCCGGCCACACAAGCACAGGGUUACAAGUCUAAUUGGUUGGAAUGGUAACUUUAUUAGUAAGUUCGGUGAAAGAGGUGAUGACCCGGCUUAGUGAACCUGAAGAUUCAUCAACGGCGACAGCUGGGCGACAGUCAUAUUGGGGAGCUUAAGCAACUACGACGACGACGACAACUUCAAAAAACAGUAGGUUUAAUGAUCAUAACAACAACUCUGCACAUGCAUCACGCUUUUUAGUACAUUUCUUUGACGUCCACUGGACUACGACGUGAAACCUCCUAAUUUGACGUUCUAUGGAGGACGUGGACAUACGACGAAGAAUUUUCCUUCCUCUUUUUGCACUUGAAUAAAAUCCUUAAGAAUUCAUCUCCAGGAAAAGUCGCCUGCAUUUGACAUAUUGAGCGGGUCCAAAUAGACGCGAUUAAGUUUCAAAGAACGCAAAUUCAUUUUUUUAGGGACGUUUUCACUGUCGUCGUCUUCGUCGUUGCUUAAGGUCCGUAUUAUUGUUGCUGAUAAAGGUAACAAAAUAAUUCAUCAAGAUAUUCUGUUAAAGAGAGGAAUGUUUAUGCAAAUUUGGUGGAACAGGUACUCAUGUUUGCCAAUCCCUAUCACUGUAUCCUACACAGUCAAUAUCUUAUACAGUUGAAACUGUCUACAACAGCCACCUUGGGGACAGAAAAAAGUGGCCAUUGUAGAGAAGUGGUCGUUGUAGAGGCUGAAACAACAGUGAAUGUAUACGGAAAGUCCGCCUAAAAAAAUGGCCGUUGUAGAGAGGUGGCCGUUAGUGGAGGUUCGAGUGUAGUCUGAAACUGUGGUUAUCAUCUCAUUAAAAUGUUUGAUCCUCAGGGAAGCUUUUGUAAAUUUGGACAACGGCAACAAGAAUGAAGAAUUCAACUAGAAAAGCAGGACCGUGUGUUUAUGGUCUGUGAUUCCACCAACCACAGAACUCAGGUGUUUGAACUGUGUGGAAAGUUUGUUACAAUUGGAAGUAAGGGUAGUGAGAGAGGAGAGUUUAUGUUUCCAAGUUCAACAGCAAAUCCCACUGAUGCAGAGGGAUAUAGUGACACGCGUAACUCCCCAGUCGCCUUAAUAUAAUAACAGGUAAAUCCAUGUUGGAAAUAGUGUUCAAUUUGUAAAUAUAAUUUUGUCAGCGUGAUUUUUGAAUGCGUGCUAACCUGUUCAAUAGCCUGAGGCUCACAUUUCUCUACCAAAAAAGAGAGGGGGGAAUACUUAGCAAAAUUUUACACGGGUAGGCUCUGCCCCGAGGUCCAACCUCUUUUUCCUUUAUUUAAUAUUUUUAACAGAAAAAUGACCUUUUUCGUUUAUUUUUUGUUGACAAAUGGUAUCCCUUUCACAUACUACUUUAGAACGCUGCUUUCCUUUUAGUUGCUAUGAAUGCAACGUCUUAUAAAUAUGGCACAGCCUGUGUUAGCCCUUUUGGGUCCUUUCACAGACCGCAAUGACAGGUAUUCUAACCUUUUCAUAUACUUCAACUAGUAAACCCUUAAUGUCUGAGUUGCCUGAAGCCUGAAAAAGCCUCCCCGUAUAGGCCAUCAUAAGGAGUACCCCCCCUCUCUUCCCCACGCCGGAGGGCGUCAUCCAGUUUUACGAUUAAAUUUUCCUUCAAUUUUCUCAAAACAACAACAUGUUAUUACCAGGCAAUACCUUAAGUGAAUUACUUUUUGUCUUAUAAUAAGCAAUUUUCUAUGAAGGAAAUGAGGGAAAAGCUAGAUUUCGAUGCCCUUGCUUCUCGCUUCUAGCCUGCGAACACAAAAGUAUUGCUUCUCUCCAUCCGGGUGGAGAGAAGCGUCGACCGCAAAUUUGUCAUCUUUUGUCCGUGUCGGCAGGCUAUCUCGCCUCUGGUUCCAACGCCAUGAUAAACUAAAGAGGGAAAGCAGUUUACUUGGAUGCUAAGUAGGCUUCUCAUGCGAGUUUGAUUUGGAGGUAAAUAGGGGCCAUGGGGUACGUGAAGCUCUCUCUCUCCAAUCCUCUUCAACUCACUUUUCUCACCGUCUCUUUGCCCUAGCCCCUCAGAGAACCUGCUCACAGACUAUCAACUUAUUUCUGGCUCUCGACGUUUAAGAAAAGUAGGGAGCAAACGGAAUACAAAAACACUUGGAAUGUGGGUUUUGAAGGUGAUCACGCGGUUUAAAGGCAAUCACGUAGAUGACUGCUAGUCACGAAACUUUAACUUGAUUUUAACUAUUAGUGGUCACGUCCUGAAAAUAAGCGUUCGAGAGACUUGCCGAGUUACCUUCGGCUUGUAAUGACCACAGCUGAAGGCGAAAGGAAAAGGUAUUAAAAAUAUUAUCUCAAGAUGAUAACCAUUUUCAACAGCUAGGGUAGUUUUAGUAGCAAUAUCAGUAAAACUGCUUAUCGAUGAGCCACUUAAAUCCGAAAUGAUCAAACUUUAGAUACCAUGUCCCUUAUUUCAGCUGUUUAGUUUUGUUUCACUCAUUCAGUUUGCCCUUUUUUCUAUUGCCUUUGUUUCAGAAUUUCUUUCACCAGCUGUAGUCGUUUCAAUAAACCGAACAUAACUUACCUGAGUAACUCGGUAAGUCUCUCGAACUUAACACUCACUUCUCAGAUGGUGUCCACCACCAAGAUGAGAGUAGAAAAUAUUGACGAUCUAUCGAUGAGCCACUCAAACCUGAAAUGACCAAACUUGAGAUAAGUUAUGCCUUCUGUUCAUUUUCAUCUCAUUUCUUGUAACACCUCACCGCACUAUACAGUAUUGUUACAGUUAUUGUUACAGCAGAAAGGUGAUUAUAUGGAACUGUACUAUAGCUAUAGUCGACAGUUAAUCAGGUCAGUAAAUCUAAUAUCCUUUACAGGCAAGUGGAGUCUGAAGCUAGAGAUUGCAGUUCGUGUCGCGAUUCUCAAGUCAGGUCAUCUUUGCUUUUCACUGAAAAACUGCUGAGCGAUCAUUUUCAAUUUUUCGAUUUUCUCCUCAGGCAAUACAAGCUGUUUUUAAUUGAUAUAUUCGCAAGUGGCUAAUUAUUGUGCAAAAGAAGGCAGAAAAUAUACAACCACACCACACUGAGGCUUUUGUUGAAUUGAGAAAAAUUUUCCCCCAUCAUUUAAGAAGAAAUCCACACUCAAACUGCAAAUGCGCAUAUUAUUCUAAUUUCCUUGCUAUACUACAAUCGGUGACAAGGCAUUUAGCACGAAAGUUCUAAAGAGUCGGGACCGCCAUUUUACAUGGUCAUCCGAGCCGAGACCUAGGGGCAUCUAGUUGGGUCGAUAAAAUGUUUGUGGUGAGCGUUUACUGUAAGAUCGAGAUGAGCCCGAGUUUUCGAGACCAGCAUUCAAAUAAGCUUGAGUCAAUUCAAAAAAGGGCACUGUAUACAUCCAUGCCAUAGUUACUUAGAUGCCCUUAAUACUACCAACCUUAGCAGCUUGAAAGAAAGACGAACUCAGCUCGAUCUGCUGUAAAUAUAUUCAGAAGAUGACUCAAAAUGACCACCCCAUUAACUUCCUCAAGCCGAGAACAGCAAUUAGUGGUCAUAGUUACAACUUGCGGGCCAGCGACAAUCGAAAUAUUGUUUACGCUGACAGGAGUUGUUGCCGGACACAGCGUUCAGGUUCCUUUAUUUUAUUCGCAAGUAAAUAUCUGAAUAUGUAAAUAGUUAUAUUUAAGAUAUUUUUCUUGUUUCUACAAGUAGUGUUAAUUAUUUGUUGAUUGUUAAUUUAUAGCCCUUUAAUUUAGUUAAUUCUGCAAUGUGGCAAAUAAACGGUAUAUUUAUUUAUUUAUUUAUCUAUUUAUUUAGCACCUCGUCUCGAUCUUACAGUAAGCUUUCACCACGAACAUUUUGUCGUCCCGACUAGCUGCCCCUGGGUCUCCGAGGAUGAGCCACGCGAAGGUCUAGCUGCUUGCAUUGCAAAGACCCUGGGCGCGAUCCAUUCAACCAAAAUUCCAAUCGACCGGGAAAAGUGGUCCAUCUAAAAAGGUGGACCCGUUUUUUCGAAAUUUUUUCGGUUGGACCGAACCGAUCCAUUGAGUUUUGGACCGAAAUUUCCAGACAUUUUGGUUGAAUGGAUCACGCGGCUUCGAGCGGCUUCGCGACCCCUGUCAGUCUUGGUCCGGCCCUGUUAAUCGAGCCAUGAACCUUUUGUCAUUCUGCAGAAUAUGCCGACGGGUUUUUAGCUUUCUAAUUUUAUAUAUUCUUUAUGGCAUGGGAGCCUGGAAAGAUAAAUAUGGAGUACAUAUAAAUAUAAGAAUCAACCGAGUUCUGAGCCGAGUAAUAAACGUACCGCUAACAUUACGAGUAACAUAGUUAUAUACUUCAGUAACCUACUACAGUAAAACCUGGUAAAACGAGCAACAAAAAAACUUGCAGGUUCUUUUGCAGCAUUGGUGCUAAACAUGUUGAAUUGCGUUACUUACCCCGUUAUACCCGCACCCACUUUUAAACCUGUCUUACAACAAAUAUAAAGGUUGUAAGGUUCUUUUUGUGAGCGGUAAAACGCGCAACAUCGAUAUCGCUAUAAGUCGUUUUGCAGCAAACUCCCCGGGGGUGGAGGUACUUCUUUAUAUAAGUGAACAUAAAUCCGUGUGUUAUUCGUUUGUAAACCGUAUGAGUGUACACAAAUAUUCAAACAAUUUCAGUAGUCCAUGCUUUAGCCUGCCUAGCCAACUUUUCCGAACGAAUUCCUCUUUUCUGCUCUCCCUCAACUUUCUUGACCAUGCACCACGCGGAAACGCUUAAUUCUCGGAAAUACAGGAUGUUUAUUAUUAUUCCGUCAAACCAUCAAAACAUGUCAAGACACACUAUUUGAUUGGUUAAUAAUACAGAGUUUAGUCUGGGUCACAAGACAAGACUUCAUUGUUCAUUCGCAAAACCAUUCCCUUGAUCGUCAACAACUAGGCCAUUAAGUUUUCGAAAAGUAACCUUGACUUGUUUUCAACCUUUUCCAUGGAUAUAAAGACCUUGCUGGACAAUCUUCAUGAUGAAGUAUCCUGUUCUGUGUGUAUGUGUACAUUCACUGAUCCUAAACAGUUGCCUUGUUUGCACAGUUUCUGUCUUCAUUGCCUGAAAGGAAUUCAACGAACGAGCGGCAUCCAUGGCAAAAUCACAUGCCCCGAGUGUAGGAGACAGUUUCAAAUCCCUAGAAGUGGAAAUCCUAGCGAACUUCCCACCAAUUUUCGUAUCAACAGUUUGCUAGAUGUCUUGGCAAUAAAAGAGUGCAGUACAGCUAAUGUAAAAUGUGGAAACUGUAACAAACGGAAUGCCCAGACCUUAUAUUGUUUCCAGUGUUGUUCUUUCUGGUGCGACGAAUGUGUUUUAGCACAUAACAUUAUACGCACCAAUAAAGAACACAGAACGCUGGCACUGAAAGAUUUUCAAGAUCAUGACAUCGAGACCGUGUUAAAGAGACCGGCAUUUUGUCAAGAAAAUCGACAUGAAAAAGAAGAGUUGAAGCUCUUUUGCAAGGACUGUAAAGUCGCAAUUUGCAACACUUGUGCUGUAACACUCCAUGAUGGUCACGGAAAGAUGCUUUUGGAAGAAGCUACAGACGCGCGCAAGACUCAGAUCAACUCCAUGACUCAAUCUUUAAUAGAAAAAGCACAAGAAAAACGAAAAGAACUCGAGCAAUUGAACCAAAAGAGCGAGGAGAUUAAACUGCAAGUUGCCGACUUUAAAAGCCAAGUGCAGACACAUGUAGAUCAAGUUACUGCAAUCAUCGAAGCGAGGAAACAGGAUGUUUUUGAUGCAGUCGAUAAUGAAGCGAAAAAAUCACUGGAAUCUCUCUCACAGAAAAAAGACCAAGUUGAAAAUCAAGUGAAAUUAAUUGAAUCGGCUAUUAAACAAACUAAAGCUCUUGUAAAACAAAGCUUUAGUUCUGAAAUCCUUGGAUUCAGUGAAACAUUUGAUGCAAUCCUGCAGGAACAGGGCACCCAAGGAAACCGUGACACUGAACGUAUUCCUCGGUUUAGUUUCACUAAAAGUGAAAAACUGAUUAACGUGUUGAACAAUGAAGGGAUAGGUAAUGUAAAAACAGUUUUAAGCGAAACUAAAGUGCAAAACUCAGGAGCUAAAGGUAAAGAAAGUAGUAAAGUAAUAAUUGCUGGGAAUAAAGGGGCAAAUGUUCGUGACAGUCCUUUUGUGGCUCAGGUACAAACCAGGCGCUUCAGAUCUGUGCUGUCAUUUGGACAAGAAGGUGAGUCUGUUGGAAUGUUUAACUGUCCCUGGGGGGUGGCAGUGAAUGAUCAUGAUGAAAUUGCUGUGACUGAUUGUUGUAACCACAGGGUUUCAGUGUUUAGUAGUGACGGUACCCACUUAAGAUCCUUUGGUAGGGAGGGUAAGAAUAACGGUGAGUUCCAGUACCCUGAAGGGAUCGCUUUUGAUAGUCAUGGCAAUAUUGUAGUUGCAGACUGUUGGAACAACAGGGUGCAAGUCUUUGAUAGGAAUGGUAACUUUCUUAGUAAGUUUGGUGAACAAGGAAGUCGUGAUAAUGAGCUUAAAUACCCUGAGGGUUUAUCAAUAAACGGUAACGGUGAUAUUAUUGUUGCUGAUAUCGAUAACCAAUUAAUCAAGAUAUUCUCCUCUAGUCGCAACUAUUUGCGUAAGUUUGGUGGAGCAGGCUCAUUGGUCAAACCCUUUCAUUGUAUUCAACACGGUCAAUAUUUUAUAGUCUCAGAUGCUGGUGAUCAUUCCAUUAAGAUGUUUGAUCUUGAGGGAAAAUUUAUUUCUAAAUUUGGAAAACAGGGGAACAAGGAUGGAGAGUUCAAUGAACCCAUUGGCUUGUCAGUUAACAAAGAAGGAUUGCUAAUGGUCUGUGAUGCAGGAAAUCACAGAGUUCAAGUAUUUGAACUGAGUGGAAAGUUUGUUACAAAAUUUGGAAGUGAAGGUAGUGGGAGAGGAGAGCUUAAGAGUCCAUUUUCUACAGCAAUUCUUAGUGAUGGAAGAAUAGUUGUGUGUGAAUUGAAUAACCAUCGAAUCCAGGUAUUUGAGCAAACAUGA